AGGUAAUUGGGCUUGGGUGUCUUGAGCUGCUUUCACAGAAGGCCUCUCGUCCUCAGGGCUUCAUCUGCUGGGCGGUCUUGGUUGCCACAUUCAGAGCUCUUGCAACAGAAGGUAAGAAUUGAACCUCAGGGUGAAAGCAGAAUAAGAAUCCAAAAGGCAGAAGGAAAAUCAAUGUCCCAAGAAUCAGAAAUUCAGAAGAGGACGGAGAAAAUGGAAAGUGCUGGACCCCUAGCCUGAGAUGGCAGGGAACUGAGCUCUGUUCCUCCUGGGCAGCAAAAUGCAACUGCGACGCUUGCUGGCAGGAGCGGCAAGGAGUGCAGAGCUACGCUCCUGUACAGAGCAAAGAUGGAACCUCCAGGGCUCUACGGUCAUCUGCUAAGGACAUCUAAUAUACCACCAUGCCUCUUUGCUUUCCCUGUUUGAUGUUGAAUUUGCACGCUGGAGGGCAGGGUGGUAAGUAACAUCGUGCAGUGCCUCUUAUCUAAGUGGCAAGGCCUGCACAGGAAGCCUUGUGUGUAUGCAGGAUUAGGAGUGCAGAGGACUGAUAGCCCAGAGGUGAGGAAAGGUGCAAACAGCACAACAAAGCCCAAGGAUCACCAGCGUAUCACUCAUUUGCACAUCAGCCACUUGCAUCUGGUCUGCUCGGACCCGUUGUUUCCUGCUAAACAUAGCUGCCCCUCUCACACAAAGCAGCUUUCAGUCUCUUCUCUCCUGCCUUUAGGAUGUCAUCUGUGUUGCCUUAUUUUUUUUAAAGUCUCUCGCCAGCAUCUGUUGACUCGCUGCUGUCACUCCCACAAGCCUGGUGCCACCCAUGCUGCAGACCCAUGCAGCAAUCCCUGGGGCUUACUCCGGGGAAAAAACCCUGUUCCUCAGGUUCCCUGUGCUGCUUCUCUUCCCUAGGUAACGGGGUGGGGGCACGGACAGAAACAGCCACCAGACUUUUAAAGCUGUCAGAUGCAAAGGACGGAAAUGCUCGAGCCACUUGGAUGCUUUUUGGUACAGAGGCGAUGAACGUUACUGCCUGGGCUGCGAGUGGGAGAAGGGCGGGGAAACAAGCCCCGUACCCCCGAGGCUGCGCUGAGGAUGCGGCUGUCCGUUCCUGCCCUGGGGAUGCCGUUGACUGCACCCGCCUCAGGCUUGCGUGGGCUGUCUCUGCCUGGCCCCGCUCUCCUCGUGGCGUGGGGGCGAAAAGGGACAGGCGGAGCACUUACUGCCUGUGGACAGGAGCUGCCGCGGCUGAAGCUGGAGAGGCCAGAGAAAGAGGCAGCGCUGAGGACUCCUCCCCGGGGAUGUUGUGGACUGCAUCUGGCUCAGGUUUGGGUGGGUUGCCUUUGGCCUCGUUCUCCGAGCGGCAUGGGCGAAAAGGGACAGCUGGAGCACUUACGGGCUGUGGACAGGAGCUGCCACGGCUGAAGCUGGAGAGGCCAGAAAAAGGACAUGCUCCGAAAUGGAAAACUUCCAGCGACUACUCCCCCACAGAAGGUGUCAAGACUGAAUGCUGUUGCUGUCCCUCAACUUCCCUUGACAGCCCUUUUGCCACCGAAAUCGGGAAUAAACCUCUUAACACCAAUGUAGCAUUAAGAAGCAGCCCCACCAACAUCAGGCCUCUGGCCUUCCUCUACGAAAUAACCAUCACACUCAGCUACCUGCUCAUCCUGAACCAGAUGGCAGCUCCAAUAGAGACAGCUGCCAGCUACUUCUUGCACAGAGAUCUGGCCAUGACAGAAUGCUGUUGGUGGCCGUAG